AUGGGGAACAGGUCCAGGAAGCGUAAGAGUAAAUCCACUCAUUAUGACAGUAGUACCAGUAGUGCCAACAAUACUGCUGAAUCUACAGCUUUCAGCAACAUCGAGGAGGAAAGUUCCGGCAAGUCUGCGGACCCUGUGCGUCCACGCCAGCAGCCGCAAUGCCCGGUGUCACAGAUCUUAGUGCAUGUUGGACCUACAAUGCGCUCCAUGAAAAGCAAUUUAGUGUUCAACGGUUUCGGCGGGGAAUCAAGAGAUGAGGACACUAUGUCCAAACUCCGUGAUUUUUUAUAUUACGAACUCAAUAUCGAGGACCGCAUCGAAUUUGGAAAUGUGCCUAGAUUUGGCAAACAUAUACGCGGGAAACACAGACCCAUCGUGGCUCGAUUCAUAUACUUUCAGGAUUUGCAACGUGUCAAAAACAGUGCAUAUAUGCUACAAGGCACACGUUAUGGAAUCAACGAGCAAUUCCCUGCGGUAAUCGAGGAACGUCGAAAAAAACUAUAUCCGGUUAUCAAGCGCCUUAAAAGAUCACCGAACAAACCUACUAUUAGACUUGUUAGAGACCAGCUUUACGUUGACGGCAAGCUGCACAUGGAUGAGAUUGUGCCAGGUAUGGACCAACAGGAGGCUCCAGCAGCACCAACGCAUGCCAGUACUGCUGCCGGCGGUACAGCGACCGCAGGCAAUGAAACACCAGAAAAACUACAGGAAGACAUGGAUGCUCUGAAAUUUGGUACAUUGAUGGUGAGCAAUGCCGCCUACUUUCUGGAGAGGUCAGAUGAUCUUGAGAGCGAUGACGAGGCCCACUUCCGUCUGCGGAAGUUCAAGUCCAAGACUGGAAGAUUUGUCGAUGCUAUACGGAGGAAAGUUGACGAUGGUUUCAGCAGUAAGGAUGAUGCAUUUGAUUUCGACAAGACUAAGAACGGAGGCAAAACAGGAACCGGAAGUAGGCUAGACGAUUCAAUAUACCCCAUUCCCAGCUCGCGCGUGAAGCGAUCCGCUGUUGAGCAAACCAUCGAGUUAAUGAUCACCACCGAUUACUCCAUUUACAACUAUUGGUAUACCGACAGCAAUGCGACAUCGACCGCACAGAAGGACUUAGACGCCAAGACGAGUAUCAGGCAGUUCUACGCGCAUGCCAUUAAUGAGAUUGACGCUAUUUACGCCAGUGUUGAUUCGUCGUCGAUUUCUAUGAACGUGGUGUUUGCUUGCCUUGUUAUUUCUGAAUCUUUCUGGACGUCGCAGUGGACAGAGUCUAAAGUCAUUGAUGGAAAGGUGGACACCUUUAGCUUACUCUUGAGCUACACAUCAUGGCAUGGAACGGUUAGCCAUCCUUGCAGCCAUGACCACGCAAUGCUGUCUAGCAAGUAUGACUUCACAUCAGAGACCAAUGGAGUGGUGAGCAGCGCAUCGACAGGUAUGGUAUGGCAGUCUGCGUUGUGUGCCACUUUCACACAGUCAAUUAUUGAGGAAUCAUUUGACUACGACAUGUAUAAAAUCAUCGCAAGUCAUCUGCUCGGCCACAAUCUUGGAGCAAACCAUGACGGGCACCUGAAUCCGUGCCUGGAAAGCGACGAUAACGUCAUGGCGCCCUUUAUUGGUCUAGGUCCUAGUUCAGCGAGGGAUAAUCAAUGGAAAUUUUCAAGCUGUUCUGUCACAUACUUCGAAGAAUACGUCGCAAAACUAAAUAUAGAAAAUAAUAACUGUCUGUUGACUCUGAGUAACGAUCACGACCCGACGGCCUUGUACCCAUUUGACCAGGAGAUUCCGGGUCAGGUGAUUCCAGUUGAUCAACAGUGCAAGCGACUGGAAGGAGAAAAAUCCUACUUGUGCAGGAAAUCUUACAGAGACGAUUAUUCUGACAUGUGCUUUGAGAUGUGGUGUGCUAUACCUGAUAGCACAGGUUGCCGAAAUUAUACCGCUGCUACCGGAACCACGUGUGGAAAUCAGAAGUGGUGUUAUCAAGGUUACUGUGUCGCUAAUUCCUCGGCGCCCGUCGUCAGUGGAUGUACAUACGGUGACAAGAUUUUCGAUUGUAAAGAGGCAAAUUGUUCGUCGUCAGAAAAGUACCGGGAGGAUUGUUGUGAAACGUGUUACGUAGCUCCAUCUACUACCUUAAAUCCGACAACCACAACUUUCGUAGCAACAACAAACACAUCAGAAGCGACAGUUACCAAUCCAGAGACAUCAACUAUCACUCCAGUACCGACAAAUUCCACCCUAGAGGCAACAGCUACCACUUUAAAAGUGAUUAAUACUCAAGUAACAAUUUCAAACUUCCCAGAAAUGACAACCACUACGCGAGAAGCAAGAACGACCACUCAGCCGGAAUCAACAACCACUCCAGUACCUACAUCUUCCACUCCAGUAGCGACGACUUCCACUCAACCAGACACAACUACCACUCCUGUAGCAACGACUUCCACUCAACCAGACACAACUACCACGCCUGUAGCAACGACUUCCACUCAACCAGACACAACUACCACGCCUGUAGCAACGACUUCCACUCAACCAGACACAACUACCACGCCUGUAGCAACGACUUCCACUCAACCAGACACAACUACCACGCCUGUAGCAACGACUUCCACUCAACCAGACACAACUACCACGCCUGUAGCAACGACUUCCACUCAACCAGACACAACUACCACGCCUGUAGCAACGACUUCCACUCAACCAGACACAACUACCACGCCUGUAGCAACGACUUCCACUCAACCAGACACAACUACCACGCCUGUAGCAACGACUUCCACUCAACCAGACACAACUACCACGCCUGUAGCAACGACUUCCACUCAACCAGACACAACUACCACGCCUGUAGCAACGACUUCCACUCAACCAGACACAACUACCACGCCUGUAGCAACGACUUCCACUCAACCAGACACAACUACCACGCCUGUAGCAACGACUUCCACUCAACCAGACACAACUACCACGCCUGUAGCAACGACUUCCACUCAACCAGACACAACUACCACGCCUGUAGCAACGACUUCCACUCAACCAGACACAACUACCACGCCUGUAGCAACGACUUCCACUCAACCAGACACAACUACCACGCCUGUAGCAACGACUUCCACUCAACCAGACACAACUACCACGCCUGUAGCAACGACUUCCACUCAACCAGACACAACUACCACGCCUGUAGCAACGACUUCCACUCAACCAGACACAACUACCACGCCUGUAGCAACGACUUCCACUCAACCAGACACAACUACCACGCCUGUAGCAACGACUUCCACUCAACCAGACACAACUACCACGCCUGUAGCAACGACUUCCACUCAACCAGACACAACUACCACGCCUGUAGCAACGACUUCCACUCAACCAGACACAACUACCACGCCUGUAGCAACGACUUCCACUCAACCAGACACAACUACCACGCCUGUAGCAACGACUUCCACUCAACCAGACACAACUACCACGCCUGUAGCAACGACUUCCACUCAACCAGACACAACUACCACGCCUGUAGCAACGACUUCCACUCAACCAGACACAACUACCACGCCUGUAGCAACGACUUCCACUCAACCAGACACAACUACCACGCCUGUAGCAACGACUUCCACUCAACCAGACACAACUACCACGCCUGUAGCAACACCUACCACUCAACCAGACACAACAACCAUUCCUGUAGCUAUUUCUAACUCUUCCGAGGCGACAACAACCAUUCAAGUAGCGACAACUACUACCUAUCCAGAGGUGACAAUUACCACUCCAGUAGCGACAACCAUUCCAGAAACGAUAACUACCACUCCAGUAGCGACUACUACGACUCAAGAGGCGACCACUGCCACUCCAGAAACGACAACAUCCACUCAAGUAGCGACUACUACGACUCCAAAGGCGAUAACCACCACUCGAGUAGCGACAACUACCACUCCAGUAGCGAUUACUACCACUCAAAAGGCGACAGCCAGCAACGCAGUAGCGACUACUACCACUCCAGUAGCGACAACUACCUCUCCAGUAGCGACAACUACCACUCCAGUAGCCACAACAACCACUCCAGUAACGACAACUACCACACCAGUAGCGACAACUACCACUCCAAUAGCGACAACCAUCACUCCAGUAGCGACAACUACCACUCCAGUAGCGACAACUACCAGUCCAGUUACGACAACCACCACUCCAGUAACGACAACCACCACUCCAGUAGCCACAACAACCACUCCACUAACGACAACCACCACACCAGUAGCGACAACUACCACUCCAAUAGCGACAACAACCACUCCAGUAGCGACAACCAUCACUCCAGUAGCGACAACUACCACUCCACUAACGACAACCACCACUCCAGUAACGACAACCACCACUCCAGUAGCGACAACUACCACUCCAGUAACGACAACUACCACUCAAGUAGCGACAACUACUACCCAAACUACAACUAUUACCGCUCCAAACACUGUUCACAGAGCAUGCACUAUCAGGAUUGAAGUGACUAUUCCCGGCGCGAUAGACCUUACAAAUACAAGCAGUCCAGGUUACCAAGCAACAAGACAAAAUGCGCGCUCUAUGGAAAAAGUCUUCAAGACUUGA